CCUCUCCGGUCUGUGUCAUUUCCGCCACCGUCGCCGCCUGGGUUCCAGCUUGCCGAGGCUGCAUCGGCUCUGCUCCGCCCCCACUUGAGCCGCUGCCGGGUCCGAGCCCUGGGUCUCGGGCCGGGCUGGACAUCCCCGAGCACACGCGGCCCAGAGGGAGGAGGAGAUGGCGCCUGUGUCCCCCCAGGGCUCUGUGACAUUCGGGGACGUGGCUGUGGACUUCUCCCAGGAUGAGUGGGGUCACCUGGACCCUGCCCAGAAGGAGCUGUACCGAGAGGUGAUGCUGGAGAACUAUGGGAACCUGGUGUGCCUGGGACUGGCAGUUUCCAAACCACAUGUGAUUGAGCAGUUGGAGCGAGGGGAAGCGCCUUGGAUGCCACGGGCAGUUGUCCCAAGGAGCUGUGGUCCAGAUUGGGAGGCUACUGAAACCAUGGCUUCAUCUCUAAAGCUGGACCUCUCCGGGGAAACUUCCUUCCAGGAAAGACUCAGGAAGGACAGUGCUGCUGCCUGCCAACUGAGGAAGGCCUUCAAGUUUGAUGGCAGGUCAGAAAGGCAGCAGAUCGAUGAGGCGAAAUCUCUUCAGCAAACAAAAUUCAUCCAAAACAAACUUCCCCAUGAAGUACAACGGCACGAAUAUAAUAAAUGUGGCCAAAACUUCAGUCUAGGACCAAUCAUUUUUCCACAACAGAGUAUAAGUAUAGGAAGUAUACAUCAGUGUGAUAUGAAUCAAAAGAGCUUUCGCCUCUAUUCAGACGUUAGGAAUUAUAACCAAAUCUGUGUUAAACAAGUAUUUUCUAAGUAUAAUGAAUUUCAGGAUUCCUUUCAUUAUAAUUCAAACCUUACUGGGAAUGCUGUGAUACAUUCUACAGGGAAACUUAAUGAAGGUAACACCUUAUUCCUGAGCUCACAGCUUACACAACUGCAAAGAAUUCACACUGCAUGGGCACCUUAUGAAUCUAAUGAACGUGGAAAGGCCUUCAGCAAGAGCUCAGAGCUUAUUGCGCAUCAGUCAGUUCAAGCUGGACAGCAGCCCUUUGAAGUUAAUGAAUAUGAAAAGGUCUUCUUGCCAAGCACAAAUCAUACUGAAUAUCAGUUAGUUCAUGCUGGAGAGAUACCUUGCAAAUUUAAACAAUGCAGCAAAGCAUUUUUUCUGAAUUCACAACUUGGUGUACAUCAGAGACUGCAUGCUGGAGAAAAACGUUACAAAUGUAAUGAAUGUGGGAAAGGUUUCCGCCAGAAAGCAAAACUUAAUAUACAUAUAAGAAUUCAUACUGGAGAGAAACCUUUUAAAUGUAAUGAAUGUGGAAAGGCCUUCCGUGAGAGCUCAGACCUUACUCUGCAUCAGAGAAUUCACACUGGAGAGAAGCCUUAUAAAUGUAGUGAAUGUGGGAGGGCCUUUAGGCGGAGCAAAAACCUUACUCUCCAUUGGAGAAUUCACACUGGAGAGAGACCUUUUGAAUGCAAUGAAUGUGGGAAAGCUUUCCGCCAAAGCUCAGACCUCUCUCAACAUCAGAGAAUUCAUACUGGAGAGAAACCUUAUGAAUGUAAGGAAUGUGGAAAUGUCUUCCGCCAGAGCUCACAUCUUAUUCUACAUCAGAGAAUUCAUACUGGGGAGAAACCAUAUGAAUGCAAUGAGUGUGGAAAGGCGUUUCGCCUAGGAUCACAGCGUAAUGUACAUCAGAGAAUUCAUACUGGAGAGAAACCGUAUGAAUGUAAUGAAUGUGGGAAGGCCUUUCGCAAGAGUUCAUACCUUACUCAACAUCAGAGGAUUCAUACUGGAGAAAAACCGUAUAAAUGUAAUGAAUGUGGGAAAUCCUUCAAUCGGCGUAGAAACCUUACUUUCCACCAGAGAAUUCACACUGGUGAGAAACCAUAUGAAUGUAAUGAAUGUGGAAAGACCUUUAGCUCAAACAGAAACCUUACUCUCCAUCAGAAAAUUCAUACUGAGAAGACAACAUAAAAAUGUUGAGAAAUACCUCUAUCACAGAUCAGACUUUAAUGAAGAUCAGAGAACUCGUAGUAGGGAACAACUUUAUCAGUGGAAAGAAGGUUGGAAGAUCCUCCACCAGAGCACAAAAUUAACCAAACCUCAGUUCAUGCUGGAAAGAAACCAUAUAAAUCUCACAAAUAAGAGAAGGCAUUCCCUAGUUUGAAAGUUAGUAUGCACCAGAGUUCACAGUGGAAUUCCUUAUGAAUGGAAUGGCUGGGAAGUUGUGCCAGAACUGUUCCCCUCCCCAACCCCACACCCUCAAUCUGUAUCAGAAUUCAUGUUGUAAAGAAACCUUAUGAAUGUGAAAAGACCUUCAGUUGAAGUAGAACCCUUAAUCUUUAGGGAAUUCACAGUGGAGGGCAACCAUAUGAAUAUACUCAAUCAGCACGCAUUGAUUAAGAACUUACAAUAUGCCAGAUACUGUGCUAGUACUAGAGAUACCAAAAAAAAAAAAAGCAUAAAGUUCCUCCCUUCAAGGAGUGUACAUUUUAUUGGAGGAGACAACACAUAGGUAAAUAGCUGUAUAUUUGAUAGGAAGUAGAUGGAAGGUAACUUUAGAGAGAAAGGUGUGAGCAGCUGGGUGGAGGGGGAAGGGAAGGGAAGAGAGGGGUGAACAGGACUGGUAAAGGCCUCUUGAAAGCAAGAUCUCAUUUUGAGCUGAGCCCUGAAGGAAGACACAGAUUCUGAGAUGAGGGAGAGCCAUUCUUGGAAUGUGGGACAACUGCUGCAAUGACAUGCAAAUGGGAGGUAGAGUUUCAGGUGUGAGGAAUAGCAAUUAGACCAAUAUGCUCAAACCAUAGGGUACAGAAAAGGUAGUACUGGGUAAGAAAGCUGGAAAGAGGAAGAAGCCAGAUUGUGAAGAGCUUUAUAUCCUAGAGGACUUGAUAUCCUAGAUGUGAUAAGGAUCUAUUAGAGUAUAUUGACCAGGGCGUAGAAGAACAGAUGGGUGUGCCUUGGUCAAAAUUGUGCUUUAAGUAGCCACUGUCAUGAGUAUGAUAGAUCCUAGCUUCUUUUUUUGUUUGUUUUUGCGGGGCAAUGGGGGUUAAGUGACUUGCCCAGGGUCACACAGCUAGUAAGUUUCAAGGGUCUGAGGCCGGAUUUGAACUCAGGUACUCCUGAAUCCAGGGCCAGUGCUUUAUCCACUGUGCCAACUAGCUGCCCUGAGCCUAGCUUCUUAAACUGUGGGUCAUGACCCUAUGGGGGUCAUGUAAUUGAAUGUCGGAGUCAUGAAAAAUUGUGUAUGACCAGAGCAAGUGGAUGUUGGGAGUAAGCUGUGGUUAUCAUUGAUUGAUGUGUUCAGCAACAAGACACAAACAUUAGGAUUUCCAGAGUAGUAAGUUGUGUGAACCCAAUCUGACUCACCAACAGGUUGAGAUUUGGAAGGGAGGAAAGUACUGCUAGAGCAGGAAUUAUGGCCUGGGAGAGUACUGAGGGAUAGGAAGGAGGGGAAGUCAGUCAGGACAAAGAACAGGGUUCAGAUAGUAAGGAUAGAGAUGGAACCAAGAUGGUAUUUGGAAGGAAAAUCAGUUCUUGAAAUAGCAGUACAACAUUUCUGAAUGAUAGUAGCAUCAUGACCAUGGUAAUAGCCAUGAGCAUGCCAUGGAUAGCUGAGAUGGAGCAGAGGAGUGGGACCUUGGAUGUGAGAAGACCAAAGGACUGGGCAGCUGGGGUAUGAAGGUAGGUGUUGGGGUUGAGAGGUGACUGAACUCCUUGAGAAAAUGUUCUAAGCUCAUAGGUAAAAAAUCUCCCAGGAUGUAGACUGAAUUGGUCGUUUUGGAUAAAAUAAAUCCCAAGAGAGGAGAGGUUGAGUGAUGGUGGGAGAAUGAAAGUCUGAAAGUGUCAAUGGGGAAUAAGGCAUGUUUGAUGCCCCCAGUGGGACCAGUGAUUCGGAGGAGGGGGCAGUUUAUAAGAGAAAAUGCCAUGGGUACUGAUGAGGAUGGGCAGGGAUGAGUUGCCAAAUCGUGGUGAAUGGCACAGUUUGGAAGAGACCUGAAAUAAAAAUCAAUUUGCUAAUCAUGGGGCAAGGCUUUAAGAUGGCGUAGUAGAAGGGGCUGGGCACACUGAGGGGGUAGGCUACUCCAUAGAACACAGGAAGACCUGGCACUAAUUGUGUGGCCCUAGAUAAGUCCUUUAAUCUCUUUGGGCUUAAGGUCCUUCAUAUGUAAGAUGGGAAUAAUAGGACUGCUGUGGGGAACAUAAGUCCAGUGUUUUGUGAAUCUUAAAACCGUAUAAAUGCUUGUUAUUCGUUCAGUUCAGGUGGAUGGACAUAAGGGAAUGGACAAUAUGGGAUUGGUGAAGAGCUUGUCCUUUGGCAGUCAGAGGUUCAGUAUCACUGUUGAGAUGAAAAUGAAGGCAAGUCUGCUAGCUACUGGCGAGUUGGUCCAGGCAGAAUCAGUGCCAAGUCUGCUACAGGUAAUUAGGAAGUCCUGUCUCCCCACAUCCCAGGCUGCAACUGCCUGGCUGUUGUGUCAGACAGCCAACUAGAAUUUUUAAGCACUGUGCUAAGUGUGGAGGAUAUAAAAAAGGCAAAAGACAGUCCUUUCUUUCAAGUCUGUGCUAACGUUUUUGGGACAUCUUAUAUUUAGCAACAGAGUCCUGCCUCAGUGCUAGCAAAGAGACCCCUGUAAUGUCCUGGCCAAUUGUUUGACCCCCUGGCUGAUAGUCCCUGAGGGAGUGGCUGCUGCUGCUGAUUCAGUGACUGCCAAGGCCUGUUCCUGGUUUGCUGGGGCCGGAUCUGUGCUGGCACAACCUACACUGGACUGCACCCCCCUUUCACCUGGGUGGGACGGACCUUUCCUGCUGAGCUUCUAAGUUGUCUUUGGCUGGGAAAGUAUUUCACCCUGACCUUUUGUGGGUUCUGCUGCUCAAGCAAUUGACUUAUGGCAUCAUUUGAAGGAGUCUUGGUGAGAGCUCAGGCGGGUUACUACCUUUCCUCUACCAUCUUGGCUCUGCUUUGGGACGUCAUCUAUUUAGAAUAAAUCAGAGAUGAACUUAGAGGGCACUGGUGUUAAGGGGACCAGGGAGAGCUACCUGCAGAAGGUAGGACAGGAGCUGAGCCUCAAAGGGAACCGGAAGGCAGCAGUGAGGAGGAAGGGCGUUCCAAACAUGGGCAACAGUACAAAGAGUGGGGAGAAAAUGGAGUGUUUGAGGAACAGCAAGAAAGGCUGGAUCAUAGAAUGGGUCAAGUCAGCAGGUACUGUGUGCUAAGUUCAGGAUACAGAGAAAGGCCAAGCCAUGAUGGUCCCUGCUCUGAAGGAGCUCGCCUAAUGGGGGAGACCACAUGCAAAUAACCAGGUCCAUAAGAGACAUGGUGGGGGUAGCUAGGUGGCGCAGGGGAUAGAGCACUGGCCCUGGAUUCAGGAAGACCUGAGUUCAAAUCCAGCAUCAGACACUUAACACUCACUAGCUGUGUGACCCUGGGCAAGUCACUUAACCCUCUGCCCUGCAAAAAAAACAGACAAACAAAAAAAGAGACAUGGUGCAAAUGGGAGGUAUUCUGGAGGGGACUAACAAAGGCCCCUAAAGAUAAGAUUGGACCUGAGAGUGCAAGGAAGCUCAGAGGAACAUUCCAAGUAGAGAGUGAAAUUACAGAGUUGGAUGGAAUGUUAUGGGUGAGACCAAUGCUACUAUAGGAUGGGGAGUGAUGUGUAUGAAGACUGGAAAGAGGAAUGAUCCAAGUUGUGAAGGGUUUUAAGAGUGAAACAGGAUUUUAUAUUUGAUCCAGGAGUCGGUAGAAUUUGUUGAGUGGGGGGUGGGAGGGAAUGACGUGGUCAGACCCAUGCUUUAGGGAUGUCAGUUCGGCUACUGAGUGGAGGAUGGACGAGUCAAGGGGAGGUGAGGCAGGAAGGCCAACCAGAAGGCCACUGUCGAUUAGGGCCAGAACCAGGGUGUCAGGAGAAGGAGGUGUAUAGGAGAGGCGUUAUGAAAAUAGGAUACUCUGGGUGAGAGUGAGGAGUCCAGGACAAUGCCCAGGUUGUGAGCCCAGGUGCCUGGCAGGAUGGUGGUGCUUAUGCUGUUGGUAAUGGGGAUAUUUAGAAGAGGGGAGGGCUUGGGGGCAAAGUUAAUGAUUACUGUUUUGGACAUGUUGAGUAUAAGAUGUCUAGAGGAGGUCCAACUGGAGAUGUCAAUAGGCAGUUGGUGUUAACUGAUCUGGAAGUCAGGAGAGAGGUUAGUUGUGGCUAAACCUGAGAAUCAUCUCCAUAGAGAUGAUAAUUGAGUCCGUGAGAGAAGGGAGUAUGACAUGGAUGAAGAUCCAGCAGUGCAGACUGAGAAGGUAGAAGAACCAGGAAGGAGGGGUGUCCUGAAAGCCCAGAGAGCAAAGGAUGGUUAAGUGUCCCAGGCUUCAUCCGUCAAGGAGAAUGAGGAUUGAGAAGAGGCUAGAUGACUGGUGGUUUUGGAGAGGGUACUUGCGGUGGAAUGAUGAGGAGAGAAACCAGACUGUAAGGGGUUAAGAAGGAAGCGAAGGUACAAAUUUUUGACCUUGAGUUUAUCAAGAACAAAGCAAGAGACAGACCAACAGCUACUGGGGAAAGUGACGAAGAUCAAUGACGGGGCUAGAAGGACCAAGUGAGGGCGAGCGCUUGUAGGGAGUAGGCAAAGAGCCAGUGGAUGGAGAGAGAUUGAAGUGAGGGAGUGGGGGUGGCAGGGGACGAUCUACUGGAGGAGAAAGGAUAGAAUGGAGUCAAGGGGGCAUGCUACUUAAUAGACAUUUAUUAAAUAGUGAUUAUGUGCCAGGCACUGCUAAGCAUAGGGAAUAGAAAGUCAAAAGCAGAUCCUGUCCUCAAGGAACUGAAGAGGGGGAAGGGCAGAGAGAAAGGCCCCCAGUGGGUGGCAAUGGGAAGAUGAUGAAGUCUAGAGUGCAUCUGGUAGGAGAUGAAGAGCUGGCCGGCCUGAGUGGCCUUCCUUCCAUGGAGAUUCUAGGAGGAACACUCAGAUCGAGGAGCCCCAGGGACAGAGACUGAUUUCUGAUGACAUCUCCUGGGGCACACUAGAAGACCAGAGGAGCACAGCCAGGGGAACAAAGAGCCUGAAUGCUCUUCUUGAGGGAGGGUCUGGGGGAAGCGUCACCCACCAGAGGAGGGGUUGGAGGGCAACACUCAACUGAUCCCCUUUCUCCCAAUCAACCUCCCUCAAGCUGAAAGAAAAGAAAAACAAAAUGCAUAACAAAGGAGUCAAAGCAAAGCCACACAUCAGCCAAGGCUGAAAAUCCAUGUCUGAUUCUGUAUCUGAAUCUAUCCCUUCUCACCUGGUGGGUAGUAUGCUCCAUUAUUUCAUCCUCUGCGGUUAGGGUUGAUCAUUGCAUUGAUGAUAAAGCAGUAGAUAGUUUUUAUUAAAUCCUACAUGUUGGGCACUGUCCUAAGUUCUGGGAACACAUAUAAAUGCAAAUGAGAUAGCCCCUGCCCUCAAGUAGCUUACAUUUUUUUAAAUUAUAAAAGUAUUUUAUUAUUUUCCAAUUACAUGUAGAGAUAGUUUUCAACAUUUUUUUUUUUGGUGAGGCAAU